CCCCAGGUCUUUUCAGCCCCGCUGGCCACACGGCUCCGAUCUCCUCUCGCAGGUCACCCAGCUCCACGAUGAUGGCCGAGGAGCACACAGACCUGGAGGCCCAGAUCGUCAAGGACAUUCACUUCAAGGAGAUCGACCUGGUGAACCGGGACCCCAAGAACAUUAACGAGGACAUAGUGAAGGUGGAUUUCGAAGACGUGAUCGCGGAGCCCGUGGGCACCUACAGUUUUGAUGGCGUGUGGAAGGUGAGCUACACCACCUUCACCGUCUCCAAGUACUGGUGCUACCGCCUGCUGUCCACGCUGCUGGGGGUCCCGCUGGCCCUGCUCUGGGGUUUCCUGUUCGCCUGCAUCUCCUUCUGCCACAUCUGGGCGGUGGUGCCCUGCAUCAAGAGCUACCUGAUCGAGAUCCAGUGCAUCAGCCACAUCUACUCGCUCUGCAUCCGCACCUUCUGCAACCCGCUCUUCGCCGCCCUGGGCCAGGUCUGCAGCAACAUCAAGGUGAUGCUGCGGAAAGAAGUGUGAGGCCGGGUGGGCAGCAGGGGUGGCGGGGCAAGGGAGCCCGGCUGGGCUGGCCCCACCAUCGGGCUCUGCAGGGCUGCCAGCAAGCUCCUUCUCCUUGGGGACCGCUGCUUCCCCCCAAGACGGGAGCACACAGAGUAGGGGAGCCGGAGAGAAAAGACAGCCC